GGUGGGGGAAACAUCGCUCAGUCCUCCUCAUGCGCAGUGAGGUCUCGGUUGGAGGAGGCUUCUUGGUUUUGGGGUUGCCGCGAUGCCGCUGGAAAUAGAGCUGUGCCCCGGGCGGCGGAUCGGAGGGGAGAAUCCCUGCUUCAUCAUCGCCGAGAUCGGUCAGAACCACCAGGGCGACCUGGAGAUCGCCAAGAAGAUGAUCCGCGUGGCUAAGGAGUGUGGAGCGGAUUGUGCCAAGUUCCAAAAAAGUGAGCUCGAACACAAAUUCAACAGGAAGGCAUUGGAGAAGCCAUACACAUCCAAACACUCAUGGGGAAAAACCUACGGAGAGCACAAACGCCACUUGGAGUUCAGCCACGACCAGUACCGGGAACUCCAGCGCUAUGCCAAGGAGAUUGGCAUUUUCUUUACAGCCUCAGGAAUGGAUGAAAUGGCUGUAGAAUUUCUUCAUGAACUGGAUGUUCCAUUUUUUAAAGUAGGAUCUGGAGACACCAACAAUUUCCCAUACUUGGAAAAGACAGCCAAAAAAGGCCGUCCAAUGGUGAUUUCCAGCGGGAUGCAGUCUAUGAGCACAAUGCAGCAGGUUUACAAUCUGGUGAAGCCCAUCAACCCAAACUUCUGUUUCCUGCAAUGUACAAGUGCUUACCCUCUUCAUCCUGAAGACGUCAACCUUCGUAUCAUAACGAAAUAUCAGUCAGUCUUCCCAGAUAUUCCUAUUGGCUAUUCCGGCCAUGAGACAGGCAUAGCCAUUUCUGUUGCAGCAGUUGCAAUGGGAGCUAAAGUGCUGGAGCGCCAUAUUACACUGGACAAGACCUGGAAAGGAAGCGAUCAUCAGGCCUCCUUGGAGCCCAGUGAAUUGGCAGAUCUGGUGAAAAGCAUCCGCAUGGUGGAGAAGGCUAUGGGGUCAACGGUCAAGCAACUCUUGCCCUGUGAAGUUGCCUGCAAUGAGAAGUUGGGAAAAUCUGUAAUUGCCAAAGUCCGGAUCCCAGAAGGAACAACGCUCACUCUAGACAUGCUGACAGUCAAAGUGGGGGAACCCAAAGGAUACCCUCCAGAAGAAAUCUUUGACUUGGUUGGAAAGAAAGUCAAGGUGACUAUUGAGGAAGACGAAACCAUUGUCGAAGAUGCCAUUGAAAACCAUGUGAAAAAAGUGAAAUGCUAGACGUGACUGUAUUUGAAAGGGGGUUGUAUGGAAAAUGGUGUGGCAAUAUAUGGAAAUGGUUGUGUUAAGGCACAAAAAGGCUUGGAGAAGUGAUCCAUGCUGGGCCUUCUCUUCCUGGCAGGUAAAAGUGCUAAUAUAGAAAUGCAACUUUGCUCCCUUGCAAUGGUCAUUUUGAACAAGGGACUUUAAUUGCAAGGGAUCAAGGUUGCAUUUCUUUUACGAGCAUCAUAUUGUCUUUAUUGAUGAGAAAACUCAAACAGCCAGUCAUUCAUAUUCAGUGGCUUUAGGGGAACAUUGACCUGAAAAACUGUAAAGAAAGAAAUUGCUGUAUUGCUGUGAGUUUUCCAGGCUGUAUGGCCAUGUUCCAGAAGCAUUCUCUCCUGAUGUUUUGCCCACAUCUAUGGCAGGCAUCCUCAGCCUCACAACCUUUUGAGGAUGCCUGCCAUACAUGUGGGUGAAACAUCAGGAAAGAAUGCUUCUGGAACAUGGCCAAACAGCCUGGAAAACUCACAGCACCCCAAUUGCGAUAUUAUUUUUUACCUGAAAGAACACUUUUCGAGGAAUUUUUGGAUCUUCCAACAUGACUCCAUGAUCAAUUUCCAGUGGAAGCAGAUCAUAGAGUCACAUUGCAGAACCUAGUAAUUCCUAUAAAGGUGUUAUCUAAUCUAGGCAUGACUGAAGGGCUUAGACAGUUGACCAAAAUUUCACAAUGAAGGUCUAGUGAGAUUCCUAGUGAGAACAUUUUAAUACAAUUCAUGAAUAAUCACAUGCACAAAAGUCAAACCUGCACAUAUCAAAGGUUGAAUGUAUAGUCCUUCAGACUCCAUAUUUCCUAAAUAGCAAAACUACUUUUCAGUGGCUGCCUCUGUUGGGAUAGAAGUGCAGAUAGUGAAUGUCUCUACACUGGAUGUUAUGUGCACUUUGAGUUUCUAACAUUCAAUUCAGCUCAUAUAAGGCUGAGAAGCAGGAUGAAAAUUAAGGGACUGCUUGUGCCAGUUGGAAAUGAGCCUUGGGAUUUGCAUUUCUUUUGGAUAAACUACAUCUCUGUGAUUCAGUUUUCCAGUUCUUUUUUUCCAUUUCAAUUGGAAUUUGGCUAAAAAGAAAACAAUAAAAUGCAUGAGUUGCUGUGAGUUUUCUGGGCUGUAUAGCCAUGUUCCAGAAGCAUCCUCUUCUUUUGAUUUUUCACCCACAUCUAUGGCAGGCACCCUCAGAGGUUGUGAGAAUGCCUGCCAUAUAUGUAGAUGAAACAUCAGGAGAGAAUGCUUCUGGAACAUAGCCAUACAGCUCGAAAAACUCACAGCAACCCAGUGAUUCCAGCCAUGAAAGCCUUUGACAACACAAUAAAAUGCACGUGAGCUGAACAUCGAAUUAUCAAAAGGCCACGUACAUGGUCAGUAUUAUAAGCAAUGCUUCCAGACACAAGCUUAGAAAGUGUUUAAAAAAGCAGUUGUAAUUACAUAGACCAUAAAAGCAGUUGAUGUUGCAGCUCUUUAAAAUGUGUCAUUCCUAGGAUCGUGUUCAAUUACUUUGAAAAACAAUACCUGAAUGUUAGGCCACACACCCCAUUGCUAUAAAAUUGCCCAAAAGUUAUUGUCGCACUACAAAAAAUGAUGCUAUCCUUUGUCAAGUUGUAGAAAUGUAAUGUCUUCAUUAUUGGUGAAAGUUGUAGUAGAAAUGUAAUGUCUUCAUUGUUGGCGAAUGGAAUCCAUUCUGAAUAAUUGAUUUGCAACCAGU